CCAUACAUGGCUUCUCUGCUUCUUCUCCUCUUCAUCACUUCUUUCUCCUUCGCGCAAUCCUCGUAUGUAUCAUCUCCAGACGUUCCUCCUUUUCUUUAUGCCCUUCAAUCUCAAUGCUCUAUUGACGUUUCGCCGACACCGCCUCGUCAGGUUGAUGGGGAUUUCAUAGACGCGAUUUUGUCCAGCAGAAAGAGCAUUGAACAAAUUUCUAUACUCUUCUAUGCUUCCUGGUGCCCUUUUUCACAAAGAUUGCUUCCCGACUAUGAAGUUCUUAGUUCCAUGUUUCCUCACGUAGAAUAUUUGGCACUUGAGCAGUCAUCAGCUUUGCCAAGCUUAUAUUCAAAAUAUGGAAUCCAUAGCCUGCCUGCUAUCUUACUGGUGAACCAGUCUUGUAGGGUGAGAUAUCGUGGUCCGCACAAUAUUAAAACCCUUGUAGAAUUUUAUGAGAGAAACACAGGAUUUGAAGCAAAUCUUAACAUUGUUAUACAUCAACUAAGCAGCUUAAUGAGAGAUGAGCAUUCGACAAUGAAGUCUUUAGUUGGUGUGUCGCUUAAAGAAAUAUCGAGCAGGGAACCUUACUUAGUGUUCUCGGUAUUGUUUCUAUGCUUGAGGAUGCUCCUCUUUGUGUUUCCCAAGAUCAUAUCACACCUCCAAGCAUUCUGGAAUUCGUAUGCUCCUCAUCUCAACUUGCAAAUAUUCAGUGAGACAAGCCAAGUGAUGAUGGGACGUGUUCGCAACGUGGUUGAUGUCAGGAGGAUAUGGAACAAGUUACGAUUAUGCAAGACCAGGAACUUUCAUGAGAGGGCGAGGAGCGCCAAGGCCUGGGCUUCUUCUCUGGCUUCUGUUUCAUUGGGAGAGUCGGCAUCCUCCGCCAGGUGAUAAUCUCAGAAUCUAACCAAAUCUUGUUCUAGUUGAAAAAGUAGUGUAGAGUUUGUCAGAUAAUAGCCUCAAGCUGCGGUUGGAGCUUGGGAGCACAUAGAUCAUCUUCUCUCUUAAUUUGUAUUAUUAGGUAAAAAAUUUGUGUUAAUUUUUAAGUCGAAUUUUGGGAGGAAGCAAACAGGAUGUAAAUGGGAGAACAAGUUUCCUUUUUUGUAAAUUGGUUGUGUCUGAAUGGAACUAUCUAUACACACAUUCCCUAAGCCUUUUAGACAUAGCAUAACA